AUGUCACAGGGAUGUACAAUUUCUGUGGAAGAGAUACAGUCGUGGUGGGAAGUCCCCGCCAUAGCCCACUUCUGCUCCCUGUUCAGAGCAGCUUUCAACCUCCCGGACUUUGAAAUCGAGGAGCUGGAGAAGGCCCUGUCAGAGCAGGAUGGGGACUUCCUUGGAGAUCUCAUUGCUUGUUUGCUACAAGGAUGCUACCAGCGGCGUGACAUCACGUCACAUGGAUACAGCAGUUACCUGAAUGACAUCAUCAGCUACAGGUGGGAGCUAGAGGAAGGGAAGCCCAACCCCCUCCGUCACAGUUCUUUUAAGGACCUCCCCGUUCGCACUCAGGUGGAGCUGCUGCAUCGCCUCUGCGACUACCGCAUGGAUGCUGCUGAUGUUUUCGACCUACUCAAGGGACUGGACGCAGACAGUCUGAGGGUUGACCCUCUAGGACAAGAUGCGAAUGGAGCCCUCUACUGGUAUUUUUACGGCACCCGCAUGUACAAAGAGGAACCUCUGAGGAGGUGUGAGAGCGGCAGUGAGAGCCCUGCUUCCACGUCAUCUGCGUCCACAUCAUCUACUUCUACAUCAUCAGAGACAAAGAGGCCAAAGAAGAGACACUUUGACAAACUGCAGCAAAGUGAUUCAGAAAGUGAAGAGAGAAUUGAUUAUGAUCUACUGGAUUCUCCUCCGGAGAGAUCAGUUUAUAAAACCGACCGUAAGCGAGGAGCGUGGUCUCUUGUGUGUGACACAGAGGAGCAGUGGCUCAGUCUGGCUGACAGCUUUAAGGACAAGGGCUCCUCACGGGAUCGCCAUCUGCAUCGCGUCAUCAGCCACAACUUCCUUCCGGAGAUCCGCAGCAUGAUUGAGCACAAGGAGCAGGAACAAAAAAAGAAGAUGCUUAAUCCAAACCCAGUUCGAAUGUCUGAGAAGUUCACUCACAAAUCUGUGAACUAUGACAAUGAGGAUACUUUGGCCGAAGACGAGAACAAAGAUGACGAUCUUGAUAGACAGGUUCUUCUGGCGGAACAGAGGCGAGAGGAGGAGAGGAUUCUUCAAGAAGAACUAGAACGAGAAAAGAUGGAAAAGAUCAAAGCUGCAGAGGAACGUGCAAAGAGAAGGAAGAUGCGGGAGGAGCGUGCCUGGCUGCUUUCUGAGGGGAAAGACUUGCCACCGGAACUCUUGAACUUGGAGCCUUCAUCCCCCGUCCAAAGAAAACGUAGAAACAAACAACUCAGCUAUGAUAUUGAUGAUGACUACACUUCUUUAUACAAGGUCCUCGAAGCACUAAAAGCCCAUAAAGAUGCCUGGCCGUUUCUGGAACCUGUGGAUGAAUCUUAUGCCCCAAAUUAUAAUGAAAUCAUUGAGAGGCCUAUGGACCUGUCCACUAUUGAGAAGAAGCUUGGUGAUGGCAAAUAUGUUGGCAAAGAAGAGUUUGUUGCAGAUGUGAAACUCAUGUUUGGGAAUUGUCUUGAAUACAAUGGAGAAGACAGUGAAUACACCAUCAUGGCAGAGUCUCUUGAGCGAUGCUUUAAUCGUGCUAUUUUGAAACACUUUCCAUCAGAAGAUGGAGACACUGAUGAAGAAUUUCAGAUUCACAAAGAUGAAAAGGAGCGAAAGGACAAGAAGCGCAAUCGUGGAAAUAGAACUGUAGGUCCAGAAAGUCUGAUCAAGGCUACGGAGCAGGCACAACGAAAACGUCCAACACCUACAGAGGAAAGUGAUAAAUUAAGUCGACCACCGUGGACUAAUACACCCCCUUUUAAUCAACCCCCAAACCACCAGCAGGGCCAUCACAGGGAUAUCAGGACCAUGUAUCAUCCUGGACAGCUACAACGCCCCCAUGGUCCCCAAAUGUUUGGUCAAAGAAUGCCCAUGAAUUCUCACUUCAACUAUUCCAAUCACAUUCAACGGAAUGGUGAUCCCCACAUGAAUCCUCACACCUUUAACAUGCAGCAUCGUAUGGCAAUGGGUCACCACAUGGGAGCCAGGUAUCCAAUGGGCCCUAAUCCAGCUCCCCUGCAACCAGGACAAAACCACCCGUACCUGGGCCCCACUCACGGACCAUCGCUUGGGCCCCGUCCUGUGGGCCUUCAGCCUGGUCCACCCCCUGAAGCCAGCAUCUAUCCGUCCCACAAUCCACAGGAGACCCACAGCUUGCCCCCUCAGCACAGCCACCCUGGGAUGAGGCCUCCUGCUCUCGGACCACCACAUAUGUGGACCAACCACUGUGAACAGGAAACUGCUGGUGAUGUGCGUAUGCCGGACCCUCGCGAAAUGAACCAGCGGAACUUUAGCUAUGGUGGCAUGCCCCCACCCGUUGGGCAUAAACCCUGGCCUGAAGCUGCUGGAUACCCGUACCCUCCCCCAAAUGCCCAAUAUCAAAUGUCUGCUACAGGCAGCAGCCCGGGGCCCGUGUCCUCUCGGUUCCCUGGGCACCGUCUAGAGUUGUCUGGCAGAACUGCUUUGGCCUCAAUGCUGGACAGCCCAGAAAUGCUGGCCUUACAGCAGCUGUCGGCUUCCUCUGGACCCUCUACCGCCCAACGUCCACACAUGGGCAGCAAUGAGCAGUCUGCCCCCCCUGAACACCAGCUUCAGCUGCCACAUCUUGCUUUACACAAUGGAGCUGGCAGUCAGCCAUCCCAGCAGACCACCACACCAGCCACAGGCUCAAGACCAGAGAAGGCAAUAUCCCCCAAUAGUAGUGAUGAAGUGUUUGCCCAAAAGGAGACUAUUUUUGAGGAAAACCCAGCUAUCACACAUGUUCAUCCAGCCAACACCUCUGGUCUCCACAGUCCUCAUGGUGCAUGUGUCAAUGAUGAUAGAACAGGAGCGUCUUGUAAACGGGAAGAGCAAAGAGGAACAAUCAUUAAUUCAACAAACUUGAACUCUCCCAAUGGCAGCUCCCAGAACUCGCUUUCCAAGCCUCCUGAACAUAUUUUACUCAACACUUCUCCCCAGAAAAUCUCUAGUCUCACGGUAUCUCACGAUGUAUCAUCUGUAAACCCUUCACAUCCAACACAGCAAAGACACUUUAGUAUGACACAAAAUCACCAAGACAAACAUCAGUAUCAGUUUGCACAACUGCAGUCACAGGGAACAUCCCCACAGAAUACAGAGCACAUGAGUCCACAUGCGCAGUUUCCUCACAGUUCCCCCACAAGGACCAUGGCACAGAACAGCCCCAUGAACUGUGCCUCUCCCAGUCAGCCUACCUCUUUCUCUGCUCAGCUUCCCAGACACCCAGCACCACCUCUCCAGCCCUGCCCUGCUGGCCACGGGUCUCCCAGCAGAAAAUCGCACACAGAGCGAGAUGUGGAGUCUUCUCCUGUCAAUGGUCCUCACAAGCAGCAGGCUUUCAGCCCUAGUCAUCCAGGGCAGCUAAUAGAAACCAAUGCUCAGAGGACUUCUAAUCAUCCUCAAGGACACAUGAAUGGGCCAAUGGGUUCAUACAACAUGGGAAACUCCUCAUUUAGUCCUGCAAAUAGACACCAGCUCCCCUACAACAGUCAGCCUUUUCACCACCACCACAACUCAGCUCCACAUACCAAUUACCACUAUCAGGGCACAACAUACCCCUACCAUUCACUUCCUGGGCAGCCACAACCCCAGACCAAUAUGUACCCUGGUGCACUACACCAGUUCCCUCUUGCACAGGGCCAUGGCCAGGCCAAUGGCAAAGGUGGAUAUGCUCCAGAGGACUGGCACCGUUCACACCCUCAGCCCCAACAGCAAAUACCUGCUAAUGCCUAUCUCCCUGCAGCCAGCACCAAAAGCAGCAGUCAGAUUAGGGCCAGUAGCAUGUCUCCAAUGGGCUCAGACGUCUCCAGUGCAGCCAGUCUGAUUUCCCCUGGUCCUGUUGGAGACGACCAAGAUGUGCCAUCCCAACUGAAUCGUAGCAGAGGCAAUCUUGUAGAGCAGGGUGUUUCAGAAGAGAAAUGUGAGCAGCCUGAGAGCCCAAAAGAACUCCUGGAUCUGGACAGCCACAACGCAGCUUCACAACGUGCGCCACCUCUCUCCCGACAGCACCACCCUGCAGCUCACAUGGGGGCUGGCUUCAUGUACAACCAUCGCUCCAUGCAUGUACCACAGCACAUGAUGUCACAGGGAAUGGGGACCAGAGCCCAUUAUCCCGGGCAGACGUACCCUGAUCCAGGAGCCUAUGCUCAAAGACCUCACCCUCACCUGAUGGAGGCGCUGCAGCGGCCACAGCAGCUGCCCUUCUCCCCCGGACAGAACCGCAUGAGUUUUUACACUGCUCCACACCCACAUUACCAGGGCAUGAUGGUCCAACGAGGCCUGCCACCAGACCACUUUGUUCAAGCCAGCCAACAGAUGAUGCUGCCUGGAGGCUGUAGCAGUGAACAAGCAUAA